GUUGAAGUUUAUUUGAACGAGUUUCCUCAACGCUAGCUUUCACGUUUCUCGUUUUAAAGGGAGAUAAUCUGAAGAUCCGUCCAAACAUGAGUCUGAACAACAAAGUGGCUAUAGUGACAGGCGGGAGCUCUGGCAUCGGUGCGGCAAUCGCAGUGAAGUUCGUCGCAGAAGGCGCCAAAGUUACCAUCGUUGCACGUAAUGAGAAGAAACUAGCUGCUGUCUCAGGAGAAUGUCAAAAGAACGGCUCCCAACCGCUAAUCAUCGUUGCUGACGUCACCAAAGAAGAUGACGCUAAAAGGAUUAUUAACAAUACCAUCAAGCAUUUUGGGAAGUUAGACAUACUGGUGAAUAACGCUGGCACUGGCAAUCACACCAGCAUUUUCGACAAAAAUGUUAUGGACGACUUUGAUAAAGUGAUGGCUAUAAACCUACGCUCCAUAGUCUAUCUGACCCAUCUUGCUGCUCCGUAUAUCAUCGAGACCAAGGGCAACAUUAUCAACAUGUCCAGUGUAUGUGCAAAGUGUUGUUGGGAAAAUGGAUUAAUCUAUAACACUUCUAAAGCGGCGUUGGAUCACUUCACACGGUGCGUGGCUCUCGAAUUAGCACCUAAAGGAGUACGCGCGAACACUAUAAACCCUGGACCAGUGAAGACUGAUAUCUUAGACAAUAUUGGAGCUGAUCCAUCACUAUGGGAAAAGUUCAAGGAUGGAACCGCUCUGAAGAGAAUAGGUGAAGUCGAAGAGAUUGCUGACUUGGCUGCUUUCAUCGCAAGUGAUAAGGGGAGGAGCAUCACAGGAGCUUCCCUUUUGUCUGACAACGGAACUCUUCUCAAGUAGAAAAUUGUAGUUGCGGACUUGUAAAUAAUAUUUCACAUAUUUAUUGUUGCAAGGAACCCAUUUAAUAUAAAAAUAAAGUCAUUUAGACAAGUUUAAAA